AUGCGACGACAUGCCCAUGAUCAGUCUGAUUUGGAGGAAAUCCGUAAACUGGUCCCUAAGGAGAGCAAAUCCGAGUUUCGUGCCAAGAUAAGAGAACUGAUUGAAUCUACUUCACAAGAUGAGGACGCUAGUCCAGAGGAACGGAUUCGGCACGCUCAAGUUCUAUUCGAGAAGAUCGUUCAGAUUCUGAUGGAGUGUAUAAGCGAAGAAACAGGGCAGAUAAGAACAAGGGCGAACACUGCCAUGGAAGAGCUACAGCAACUUAACGAGUCUAUAUACAAUUCAUAUCCGAGUUUAAGAAACAUGUAA